CAUCUUGCAUCAAUAAUAACUCGCCUCAUAGCUCAUAUAUUUGUCCCCUAGCUCACCACCGUCGCCUAAAAGUAACAAUUACGCUCUGGAUCCAGAGGCUGAAGUACUAUGGGAAUGGGAUCGAAUGCAAGGCGGUGCAGCUGCCAAGCAAACAAAGGGGGAAAAAUCGCCACUUCGGAAUAGAAGCACAAAUGCCGGCAAAGAUGACAACGUCAUAUCGAAUUGUUGUUGUUGGUGCUUAGUGAUUUUGACACUUCUUACGGCAAUUUUGUUGUGUAUUUGUUUAUUUCUCUUACACCAUGUCAAGUAGAAUCAUUUCAUAUAUUUAUGUAUUUUGAAAUAUUUCCAUUGCAUAUUGUUCGUACAUUGCCAAAAAGUUGUUGUAGGCGAUAAUUGUUGGUUAGUGCUGAAGAGGUGGCCAAAAUUAUGAGAUACAUAUAUUUAUUAAUACAAUAAAGAGUGAAAAAUGUCAGAUGGUGCCAAAAGUCCACGUAUUACUUCGAUUAUUGAAAAUCAGUUGUUCCGACGGCAAAGGAGCAUACGCCAAAAACAGUCCAUUGAUGUGCCCGAUUUCGAAAAGACAUAUGCCGUAAUAAUAUUUUCAGACAAGGCCAAACUGCGCCACUGCCAAGAUGUGGAAAAGAUAAUACAAGAAUUCAAAGUGCUUACAACGCUCGAGGUUGUAAGCAAAACCGAAAAAUACCUCUAUUUAUCUGCCACUACGGAGGCAUUGCUGCACUUCGCCGAUGUAGCCGAACUGAGUAAGUUAACCAUUACCGGCAGCAUGCAAAAGUUUAAUUGUGAUUGUAUAUCCGAUUACCUGCUGCCUGGCAUGACACCGGCGGAUAUUGUGAGAGAAUGUGAGGGACCAGUGCUCAUUAAAGAUAUGAUUAAGCCAGCAAUUAUGUCCUACAUAAGAAAUGGCAUAAUUGAAGACUUCUUUCCAUUACAUAAUAUUGAGUAUUUAGAUAGGUUCGCAUUUGAUUGGCGUCGUAGUCGUUUGCCUAUCGAAGACAUAUGCAACUAUUUCGGUUCAAGUAUUGCGCUCUAUUUUGGUUUUACUGAGUUCUACACUAAGGCGUUGAUAUUCCCGGCGAUUUUCGGUAUGCUGCAAUAUAUGUGGAAUGUGAAUUUGUCAUUGGUUUGCAGUUUUUAUGUGCUAUGGACAACGAUUUUCCUUGAAUUGUGGAAGCGUCGCUGCUCUGGCUAUUCGUAUCGUUGGGGUAAUAUAGAGAUGAGUAGUCUUGACAAACCACGUUCAGCUUACCAUGGCGUCUUGAAACCGGAUCCAAUAACGGGCAAAAUGAUGCUGCAGUAUCCUAUGCGUUACACUUAUUUGCAAAUGUAUUGUGUCUCUUAUCCUGUCGUGCUUAUUUGUGUGGCGGCUGCGGCUUAUUUUGCGUUAUAUCAGUUUCAGAUAGAAGCGGAAGUAUUGGCAGAUUUUGGUCCGGAUUCUUUAUUGCUUUAUAUCCCUGUAAUUGUACAAUCAAUACUAAUUGCUAUAUUCUCUUGGGCCUACGAGAAGUUAGCUACUUUUCUAACUGACCAAGAAAAUCAUCGUACACGUUCACAAUACGAUCGUCAUCGCGUAAAUAAAUUGAUGCUUUUUGAAAUUGUCAACAAUUUCUUUUCACUCUUUUAUAUUGCAUUUGUGCUGCAGGAUUUGAAGCAGCUGAAAUAUCAAUUAAUGAUGCAGUUACUCAUUUUCCAGAUCGUUUGUAUUGCUCAAGAAAUUGGCAUACCACUUAUGGCUGUAGUGCGUCAGAAAUUCGUAAAAUAUAUGCACAAAGAGAUUGAUGAGGGAAUAAAGAGCAAUGUCACCGAUUUGGCACGCUACGAACAAUGUUUCUACGAAGCCGGACUCGAUCAAUAUCAAUCGACUUAUGAAGACUAUCUGCAAAUGUGUAUACAGUUCGGUUAUGUCGUUUUAUUUGCCGCUGUUGCACCUUUUGCUGCAUUCGGCGCUUUAAUCAAUAAUAUCUUCGCCAUGCAUAUUGACUUGUUUAAGCUUUGUAAUAUAUUCAAACGUCCAUUUGGUCGUCGUGCUAAAAAUAUUGGCGCUUGGCAGUCGGCUUUCGAAUUACUUUCGGUAAUGGCAAUUUUGAGCAAUUGUGGUCUAUUGUAUUUGCAGCCAAAUGUGAAAGGAUUUUUCUCCAAAAUCUUUCCACAAAUGCCAGAUAUUACAUUUAUACUUUUUGAACAUUUACUAUUGGGCUUGAAAUUUGUCAUACACAAAGUGAUACAUGAGCGUCCACGUUGGGUGCGUAUAGCUUUGCUGAAGGCAGACUAUGAAUCGGAUGAGGCGUAUAAAAAACUGAAAAAAUUUAAGGCGCAAAAUAAAAUCGAUUAAAUCAAGUGGAAAGAGUUUUUUUAAGAAUCUCCUGCAUGCGGCAAAUGCUUGGUAGCAUUAAUUCGAUUAUAUUAAAUACGAAAGCUAACAGUUCUAGUGCAAAAAAAAAAAAA